AUGCCGUUCCUCAAUGUCUCUGGUGCAAUAUUACAUUACACCACAAGCGGGAAAGGCCCUCUGUUACUGUUCAUCCAUGGCGCUGGUGGGCGUGGUGAAAUGUUCCGCCCUGUUGCAGAACAGCUCGCUUCCUCGUUCACCGUCGUUACCUGGGACCGGAGGGGAUAUUCCAAAAGUACUCUUGAAGGCCCCCAGGAUUUCACCAACCGGCUAGAGGUGGACGCCAGUGACGCAAGCCGACUCAUUGAGCACAUUUCCUCCGAUAAAUCAGCAUUUGUGUUUGGAACAUCCUCCGGAGCCAUUGUUGCUCUGACUCUCUUGUCGCGAUUUCCAUAUAAUGUCCUGGGCUUGGUGGCCCACGAGCCUCCCUGCACAGAUGUGCUGAAUGCGGAGGACAGGCGAAAAGCCGCUGGAUUCAUCAACUUCACCUAUGAUCUGUACAGGGAAAAAGGUCCAACUGAAGCCCUGCAACUAUUCUUAUCAACCUUCUCAGUUGAGAGCGAGAGCGGGCAUAUGUUCAAGUGUAUGGAUAUACGGCUCGAUGCCGAGACUCGCGCCAACACGCUAUUCUGGUUCGAAUUUGAAUUGAAACAAUACACCAGCUCCUGCUUAGAUGUUUCUACGUUGAAAAGAUUUGCAACAAAGAUCAUCCCUGCUGCAGGAACUUUGUCUGGUGAUGGUGCGUCGGUUGGACCCAUUACUACACUAUCAGCGAUGUUGGGACAAGAGAUUAAGCAUCUACCGGGCGCUCAUAUUGGUUAUAUAUGCCACCCCAACGAAUUUGCUACCUCACUCAGCCAGAUCCUGCAAUAG